AUGAGAUUGCUGAAGUACCCUCUGGAGCUGGCAAAGGGCGAGACGCUGGUGGCACUCUGCUCGAUAGAGGGGAAGCUGCUAGUGCUGACAACCGCCGGUCACGUGAUAGUGUGGGUACAGAGUGAGCUGGUCGACACGGCAUUCGAUAGGCUCUCCGUCAAGGAUCUCAGGAGACAGAAGGUGUUGUCUGUUGGUGAGAUUGACUUCCAGGAAGGAAGAGCGCAAGAUUUCGCGUUUAUCUGCGGCCAUGACGACACCCUAUUCGUCUCUUCGGAGCGUGCGGUUUUCAAAUUGAAGCACUGGGAAGCGAAAGAACAAGUGCAGAAGGUGUUCCACAGUGUACCGACCCCGUCGUCUGCUAUUACUGACGUUAAAUUGGACCCAACGAAUGGAAUUUUGUUUGUUCUAUGCAGCAAUCCAAACUGUGUUACAAUGUACGAUUCUAAAGAUGGACGGAAAAUACAACAGAUUGCAUUGGACGAGUCUGUGACGCCGAUAACGUGUGUGACAGAUCCAUCGGGGGGGAUAUUUACCAUAUUCACCUUGGAUAGAAGCAUACUAGUGUACCAGUAUGCGAAGACUGGCGCUUAUAAAUUAUUGAACAAGUUAAACCAGUUUGUGCAAGUUCACCCUUUGCACUACCAUAUCUCAAUGCCUCCUCAGGGGAAUUACAUACCCGUGGUGAACUCUGUUAGGGGCACGUCGUCCACUUCCGUGACGGCUACGGUUUUGCUCGAUAGAAACGACAGUUACAAAAUAGCAAGCACGAUCGUAUCCCCCUCCGCCAGCACAUGCAAAGUGGUCGCCUACUCACCAGCAGUUUACGAAAAGACAAACGCGAAAAAGGGUAUCAAAUCGAGGUACAAUCUGCUGGCGACCUCCGGUACCACUGCGGGUACAAUCCUUGUAUGGAACACCAGGAGAAUGAGACCUCUGUUCAACGCCGUGCAAGUGUCGAAAUCUCCAAUUAAUGACAUGAUAUGGUCCGAACAAGGGUUCACACUAUUUGGAGUCUCAGACGAUAAUGUGUUAUACACUUUUGCAUUCCAACAGAACGACCUUGGUGAGUCCCUACCGCAUGAUACAGUAGUACAAUUACAGAAAGAAAAUAAACCGUUACCAAUUUUGGACUCUACAGAAGUCACCACAAAAGUGAAGGAGGAAGAAGGUGUGAGCAAUGGGACUAAGGGGCUACCCGCUUUGACGAAUGGCCUUUCCAAAGCAACUGUUCUACCUGCUGGUGAAAAAACCAAGAAAACGAUGGAACAUCGGGAUUCAAAGUCUCAAACACCAGACACGACACCGCCAAAACCUGCCAGCAUCCCAGGCGUUAAAGUCACUCAAAGCACGUCGAUGGAAUUUAACAUGCCCUCAUAUAGUGUCCCUAAGGAUCUGAAACGUAAGCCCAAGGAAACCGCUAACGGUGAGAUAAUACCGAAAAGGCAGAAACACGAGUUGGAACCAAUGGAUUUCCUAGAUACAGGUCUGAUUCUACCAAAUGUAUCGUUUUCAAGGAUCCGGCUAAUGACACCUAAAAUCCGCCUGAAUUUCAAGUACACCUCCCCUACAAACUCAGACUUGCAACUCGACAUCAAGAACGGUACUGGGAACGAACAAAAGCCAACGAUAGUCACCCUAAGAUCCAAAGUUCCAGAACAAGAGGGUCAGCUGUUCCAAGAUUUCAUCCCCAAGUUCAUAACAAUGUGUACGUCUGGUGACUUCUUUUGGGCUUGCUGUUCAGAAGAUGGUACAGUGUACGUGUAUUCGGACGCGGGCAAAAGACUACUACCCCCAUUAAUAUUGGGUGUCUCUAUAAGUUUUUUGGAGGCGAGUGCAAAUCAUCUGCUCUGUGUUACGUGCUUGGGUGAGUUGUAUUGUUGGAACAUAAAGAAGGGAGCGAUAAAUUUCCCCGUGACGUCUGUCUUCCCCGUUUUGAAUCCAUCUCUUCGGUACGCAGACGAAGUUUUGACAAGAGCGGAAAAUAUAACGAUGUGUGCAGUGACAAACAACGGAAUACCCCUUUUAACGUUGAGUAACGGUGAUGGUUAUCUUUUUGAUAAAGAUAUGGACACCUGGCUACUGAUUAGUGACAGUUGGUGGGCGUACGGCUCUCAAUACUGGGACAUGAACAACACGUCCACUUUGGGGAUUGACACUGCGAACACUGCCGCCGACGACAACAAUAAAAGUAACAAGAAUUGGAAUUCUGCUGACAUACAGAAUCUGGUAAGGAACGUGAAAAGCGAUACCUCUAGCAUUGUCAACCAUAUAGAGCGCAAGACGAACGAUGAAUUGAACCGGAAAAGCCGGCUCAAAAAUUUGCAACGAUUUGCUAGGGCAAUUCUGAUGAAAGAAGGAUUCGAAAACAUGGAGGAAAUAGUAACGUUGUCACAUCUGGAGAAUAGAAUAUUGGUGUCCCUAAAACUAGAGGAGGGAAAGGAAUUUUCCAACUUAAUUAUCGUAUACUGCAUUAGACUAGGAGAGCUGGGUUAUGAUGAUAGAUUAGAUGAUGUAUUGCAGUGGCUCUACAACGAAGGAGAACUUGAAGAAGAGCUACUUACUGGUGUGGCUAGGAAGGAGACAAUGAAAGAUAUAUUGAUGGCGUGUGCAAAGAUUAGACACGUACAGAGGGUGACCACGACAUAUGCGACUGCACUUGGUAUAGUCACGGAUGAAACCUAA